GCUUUCCUAUUAUUGUUUCCUACUUUUGAAUUAUUGAUCGCGCGCGUAUAUGUAUAGGUAUACCCAUAGAAGUUCGAAGAAUGUGUUUUUUGGUAUACGUCGCCAUCAUCACAACCAAUGUAUUGGUUUUCUAUAUUCUCUGUAUGCAGUAUGACAGGUCUAUACCUAUAUAAGUAUAGACGGUAGACUAUUGCACGUGUCUGAUGCAGAGCCGCGAACCGCGAUAUACCCUAUAUCGAUCAGCUGAUUUUACGCUUUGUACAUAACUUUGCUGUAAUUUUUAAUAGUUCAUUGACAAUUUUUCCACGUGUACACAUUUUACAGUAAAAUGCAUUGACUCUGUUAUAUGUGGGUAUAUUUAUCACAGUUAAGUGUUGAUGAAUAAUUACGUUGGAAAACCUAAAUUGUUUCCAUUUUGAGGUUAUGAAUUUUAGCUUUUUUAUUUGUAAGUACGAGAAAGCCAAAAAUAAAAUAUUAAUAUUUUAUAAAAAUUUAGAAAGUAACGGGUAAGAAAAUUUUGAAUAUUUUUAAAUAACUUUGAUUUUGUUCUCAUACAUUUUCUUUCAAGAAUGUAUAUUUGUUGCAAUAAUCAGAUUUAUUGCAUCCAUCCACAGUGUUUUCAACUUAUGAUUACAAAUCUGUUGUAGUAUUUAUAAAAUGGAAGAGGACUGAAAUUUAGCACAUUUUUCAAGAUAUAAUAAUAUUGAUCAAACAUGCACAAGUUCAACAAUCCAUUUAAUCCAAAGCCGUCAACACCUUUGACUGAGGAAGAAGGAGUUACAGAAGUCAAAAAAGAAAGAAAAAGUGUAUUUGUGCACAAUGAAGAAUGGGAUCAAAUUGCAAUACACCUCAUUGGCACACAGCAGAGGUAUCGAGAAAAUAUAAUCAUACCAAGAGCUUUAGGAGGUGGUUACAUAAAAUCAAAUGAAGAAAAAGCCGUAGAAAGGUUUAUGGAAAGCUGUGCUUUCAAAAGCAUUAUGAGCUGUGUCUUAGGAUUUGGACUUGGAGCGGCAUUGGGCUUAUUUACCUCUAGUGUGAAUCCAAAUGUUGCUGCUGUUGAAAAACAGCAAACAGCUCGUGAAAUACUACGAGAAAUGAAAACUACAACUUUAGGAUAUGCAAAAAAUUUUGCUGUCAUUGGAUUCGUCUUUUCGGGUGUUGAAUGUGCUAUUGAAUCAUAUAGAGGUAAAUCCGAUUGGAAGAACGGCACCUAUGCUGGAGGAUUGACGGGAGGAAUGAUAGGUUUAAGAGCCGGUGUUAAGGCAGGCAUUGUCGGUGCGGCCGGUUUUGCGGCCUUCUCUACAGCAAUAGACUAUUAUAUGCAUAGAUCUUGAGCUUCACACAGUCCAGCAAAACUGCCUGUAGCUCUACAUUCUUCUUAAAACUCGAUAUGUAAAAAAUUAAUUGUAAAAAAUCACCAACACUUGUGUGCGAGAUUGCUUAUACUGUAAUUUAAGACUCAUUAGCCAGUUGACAGUCAGAAAAAUGUGUAUAAAAUAUUAAUAAAAAAGAUUCUGUUAAAUAU